UAAUUGAAUCUCCAAAGCAAACAAGAUUAUCUUGAAAAAAAUUUGGAUUAUGGGAAUUUGAAGCGUUGAUUGAUCUAUUCUAGACAUUGAUUAUUUCAUAAAAUUGGUGAUCUCGUUCACGUUCCUUUAACGAGGGAGUUUUGAUCUUUGUUCUUCAUUUCCUCCAAAUCUCCUCUCUCUCUCUCUCUCUCUCGAUCGAUUCAGACGCGAUUGACACACACUCUCUCUGUAGCAGCGAAAAAGAAGCGGUUUCAGGCCAAUCCCACCUCAAAACUCUCCCCCUUUCUCCUUCAAUCUCCUCCUUCUUCAUCUUCCAUCGCCAUUUUUCUCUGUAAUUCCUCCAUUACAAUGCUGGGUUUAGUCCCUCACUUCUCUCUUCGUACCCUUUUCCCCGGAUCCGCCAUAGCCAUGGAUCAUCCCUCUGCUUCUCGCCCCUCCUCUUCCCUUCACUUUUCUGUUCUCCGAUCGCGGCCCAAUGCCGUUCGCUCUCGCCGACCCAAGUCGAUCCUCGUUUCUUGCCACUCUUCUCGUGAUAGAUCCACCCACAGUGACGAUGAUUCCCAUCAGGAUUACUUCGAAGCUUCGUUUCUUGUUUCAGAGACAAUCUAUCACUAUCGAAUGUGGAAGAAGAGGUUUCAAGAGGACACGAAUUUCAAUCAGAUUGAAUCGCGAGUCAAUUCCCCUUCACUUGGACUGGGGUUUUUUAGACGUUUUCAAAGCCCUACUGUGUUCCUCAAAAUUUCUUGCAAUGGUGACUUUCUACUGCCAAUUGUCGUAGGGGAAUAUGCUAUUGAGAAACUUAUAGAUUCUCACCUUGGGAUUGAAAAUGGGGAAGCCCCAGAUCUCUUUCAGUUUAUACAAGACCUUAUGGUGAAAGUUGGCUAUGAAGUCACGACAGCGAGAAUUACUGAAAGAGUGGUGAACACUUACUUUGCACGGCUCUUCUUGAGAAAGGAUGGGGAAAACGAGACGUUAAGUGUGGACGCACGCCCCUCAGAUGCCUUAAAUAUUGCAUAUCGGUGUAAGAUACCGGUACUCGUUAGUAAGCAGAUUGUCUAUGAGGAUGCGAUAAGAGUUAGUUUCGGGUUUGGAAGAGUGCGCAAGAGGAAGUCAUGUUUUGAUGUUCUGCUUGACUGUGCUGCAGAUGGUCCAGAUUUCUUGUCCGAGGAACUCGAUAUGCUGAAGAACAUGAAAAUGGCUAUUUACGAAGAACGAUACAAAGAUGCAGCUAUGUGGAGAGAUAAGUUAACAAAGCUUCGAAAAUCUGUACAUGAGGCGUGACGUCAAACUGCACUUGUACGUGUUGUUCCUGUAAGUAACUUUCUGUAAUCGACUGAUGUACGGGGAAAGGUACCACCCGAAGAAAAAUGUUUGAAUUUUUCUGAUACUGAUCCCUAAACAGAGCGACUCUUCUGUUGGGUAGGAAUUGUUCGCUUGCAGGCAUCUCUUAGAACGUCGAAUUCAGCAUUGGAUGGACUGGAAACACAGAGCGGACUGCUACACAUCAUUGCAGAAAGUUAUCGAUAAAGAUGGUCGGUCUGUACAGUUACAGUUAAAAGAGGUAUGUAAAUACUACAUUUGGGUAGUCAAUGUGUUGUAUCUCUAAGAUGUGAAUGUUAUGGUUGAUAUUCAUUCUUCACAUAGAGAGAGAGAGAGAGAUGCUGAAUGUGAAAGGAAGCUUUUGUAUAUCUUAACAAAGAUCCUUUUGUGGUUAUAAACGAAGCGAAAAAGUAAACGAUUGCUCAUA